AAGAAAAUGACAUCUUUCAAGUUCUCAAUUUUGAAAAUUUGCUGCGACAGUCGGACGCUUUGACGAUUUUCGAAACUCUAGCUCCGCCCCACUCUAAAUUCGACCACUGUUAGGCCAGUUAUUCAUCCGAAGUCUUGACAACAGCCAAAGCUUGCGUUGCACUCGCAUCGCCAUUGCCUGAAAAGUUGCCUUACUUGUUAAUAAAGGUUUGCCAUAAUUUGAAAUCAGAAAUCGUCAUUAACUUGAGACUGGUGUUAAACCCAUUUCCGCAGCCAUGACGGCUGAUGUCGAGAAGAGCCCACAUUGCUUGCUGUGUAACAGUAGGGUGGGAGUUUCCACUAGAAACAGCUGCCCCAUCUUUCAGCAAAAUGUGACAUCAUCAGAGAGAACUGUUGCAGCCACCAUCGGUUUAGUCCUUAAUCAGGAACUGUCUCAAGAAACAGUGCACAGCGAUGUGGUUUGCAAAAAGUGCUAUAAACUGUUAAAUGAAUUCGAUGAACUGGAAGAAAGGCUUGUUGAGCUACGGAUGGAAUUGUCCUCCAACUACAAUCGUACUCUAGCCAAGCGAAAUGGAGACCUAGUGGAAGAAGAAGCUGAGGAUGAGGAGGCCUUAGAUGAGUCAGGUUGGGCUGCUGACGAUCGAGAAUACAAACCUCAAAUAAAACUACCAUUGGAGGAUGGUAAUGCACAACCAUCUGCUAGAGGUCGUAAGAAAACCAUGGUGAAGCGGACUAUUAAAGUAGAGCAUGUUGAUGGUGAACAAAAGGAGAAUGAAGGUGAGGGCACAAUUGUUGAAGAGUUUGAAAUUGAAUAUGACGCCAAUGAUGUCCCUGAAGCUGAAGAGGGAGAAGGUGCAGAAGGAGAAACUGCUGAAGAUGGACCAUCAAAGGUUGAAGAUGGUCAAGAGUCUCCUAAAAAAGUGUCAUAUCCUCAAGUCAAAAGAAGGAGGAGAAUGGCAAAGAAACGAGGCCGCAAACCUGCCAUUAAGGUGAAACCAGAGGAAACGAGACUUGUUGAAGAAAUGGUGGCACGUGAAGAGGGUCAAUAUGUGUGCUUGGUGUGCACUGAUCAGAAGGUUACAGGAGAUGACAAAACUAUGACUCUGCACAUGCGGGACGUGCAUGAGUUCAGGCUAUACGUGUGUGACAUUUGUGGUGCAGUAUUCCGUAAACGCACAGAGAUGUCUACUCACUUGGAUGAACAUGUGGCUAAUGAACAAGGUGAUUUCCAAUGUGAGGUGUGCAACCGUAUUUUCAGUAAUUUGCGUCUUUUCCGCAUCCACAAGAGAAUGCAUUAUCCUACAUCCAAACUGCACACCUGUGAUACAUGUGGGAAACGCUACAGUUCUCGGAAUCUGUUGGAAGAACACAUCAAUACUCAUACAGGAGCCAGGCCAUAUGUGUGUCAAUGUGGCAAAAGUUUUGCUUCUAAAUACACUUACAAGGCUCAUAUUAGAAUUCAUGAGCAGCGUCCUCGCCCCUUUGCUUGCACUGAAUGUGAUAAAACUUUCCUGACCUCUCAAAAUCUGACACAGCAUCUUCGAACACAUUCAGAAGUCAAAAACUUCAUUUGCAAGCAAUGUGGUAAAGGAUUUGGCACUGCCCGAAACUUGGAGGUGCAUGCAAUCGUCCAUACAGGUUUCAAGCCAUUUAUUUGUAGGAUGUGUGGCAAAGCAUUUGCACGAAAGGCUGAAAUUCGUGACCAUGAGCGUACUCACACUGGUGAGAAACCAUACCAAUGUGAGUUCUGUGGUGCCACAUUCAGCCAACGUAGUAACUUGCAGUCUCACAAACGAGCUACUCACUACGAUGACAAGCGCUACAAGUGUACUGAAUGCACAAAGGCCUUCAAGAGGCGCCGUUUGUUGGACUAUCACAUGAAAGCUGCCCAUACUGGAGAAAGACCUUAUAAGUGCAACACAUGUGAUGCUACUUUUGUGUAUCCUGAACACUUCAAGAAGCAUCGUCGUAUUCAUACUGGUGAAAAGCCGUAUCACUGUGAGGUGUGUGGUAAAGCAUUUAACAGCCGUGACAACCGUAAUGCUCACCGCUUUGUCCACAGUGACAAAAAGCCAUACGAGUGUUUGGUUUGUGGAAUGGGCUUCAUGCGGAAACCUUUACUCUACAACCACAUGCAAUCUCAGGGACAUCUGAAUGACACCAUUGUGGUUAACCAGCCAAGACUAACCACAGAGGAGGAUAUCAUAGCAGAAGGUGGUGAAGAGAUGGAGAUGACUAUUGUUGGUGAAGAUGAACUUCAAGGAGGGCAACCUGUGUACAUAGCAGAACUGAAAGAACAUGUAAUCAUUCAAGAUGGUGAAGAUGGACAAGAGCGCAUUGUGUUGAGAGAUGGUCAAGAUCUGCGUGAACUGGCUGAGCACCACAUUGUGACAGAAGGGGGAGUAGGCCAUCUCAUCAUUGACGGACAGCAAGUUCAAUUUGCGGAUGCCUCUGAUCUUGCUGGUAUUGAGCAAGUUGAGGGUGAAGGCGGGGAGACCUACACUAUUGGAGGACACCGUGCACUCGUCGUACCAGCAACACCACAUCUUGCAAACUAUGGAGAUGUUGUGGAACAUGAUGGAGAGGGAGAAAUCAUUACAGGUCUUCAAGACGGUGAAACACAAGUGGUCCAAGGCGAAUCGGGACCUGUGCAUCUUGUUCAGAUUAAAAUACCAUCGGGAACUGUUGGGGAUAAGACAUGGUUGAACAUUGUACCAUCAUAAUGACUGUUAGUUUUGUUAAGAUACUACUCUAUUUUUCUUUUCCCCCCUUCUAGACAUUUACUACAUCCUCAUCAGUGUAGUGAAUGUUUCAUUAGGUGACUUGUGUGUUUAAAGUAAAGCAUUAGUUUAAGUUCUUCAGUAAACUGGUUUUUAAUAUUCUUUGUUGUGGUUGAGUCUAGUUUGACAAAUAGCACAGCCACUGUAAUGCUGCAAAGAAUUGUUCCAAUUCUGAAUCUAUCAGACACCAAUAUCUUCAUUCCUUACUUCUGGCAUCCAAAGAUAGAAUUAUAGAAAGUUUUUAAUUUGAUGGUGCUUUGAGAUGCAUGUGUUCCAAUAUUUCCUUAUGAAGUUGUAAUAAAUUAAUUUAAUAAAGCUAGUCUGCCUUAAGCAGCGGAAAGUCUUCUCUUAGUCAUUGUCGUUCCUCACACAAGGAUGGCUGUGAACUGCUGCAAGAGCCAAACUUUCCACUUCCAUUGCACAAAAUUCAAUAGCUUUGUAUAUUUUGAGUAAAUGUCUAUGCCAGGUAAUCAGUGUUGUACAUAAUGUUUUUAUGCAUAGGAAGAGUGUUGUUAAUGUUCUUAAAACCAAGUUUGUUUAAGGAGUAGACAUUUAUGUACAGGCAAAAUAUUUUAAGUAAUGUUAUUUAAAAGAGAAUGUAUGUAUUUCAAUAUUCAACAAUUGACUCAAAGGAUAAUUAUGUGAUAAAAUGCAAGAGCAAGAGUUCAAUUUUCGGUUUUGAAGUGUCCAUUUAAAUAUCUUUACCACACCAAGUUCUGAUUCUGCUUUGUCUCCAACAGAUCUACGACUGUUUCAAUUUUGUCAUCCUUUUAGUGUAUACCUUAAAUCAGCUUGGUUUGGAUAUGGUUAUAAAUGCUUCACAAGUGCCAAAAGCCAAGGGGGCAGAUAUUAAUUAAUUAUGUGAAGCAUUGUUCACCUUCAGCCAUUUUACUGUUUUGCUCCUUUUAUCACUCAAUUUUUCUUGCAGUGAUUAUCAGAUCAGCAAAUUGAAGUUUGCUGUUUCCUCUCUAUGUGCACUCUUUUUCUUUCUCUUUUUGUGUGUGUCUGUGCGUGCUUGCGUGCGUGCGUGUGUGUAAGGGGUGGGCGAGUUAUUUUAACAGGAGGGAAAUCUGCUCUAAGCCAGCUGUUAGCAUAGUGUAUGUCUGGCUGUUGAUGCAGUACAAAGGGUGCAAUUUCUGCCAUAGCACAAUACACGAUGUUUCUACUACUGGCUCACAGUUGAUUUUUCUUUUUAGGAAUUAUCAUUCUAUUCAAUCUGUGUAUCAAAAUGAAAUGAUUGAAUUUCUCUAGCUGUGCCAUUUAUGUGGUCUGUCAUGAAAUUCUGAGUUGUUUUUUUUUGUAUGUUUUUUGGGCUUUUUUUUAAUUGAUUGAUUGUGGAAAUUAUUGUCUCAAAAACAAUAAUAAUUCUUAGCCUGGUACUGUACUUACCAAGGAACAUCUUUAUUUUUCAUCACUCAAAUCUAAAAAUAUUCAUUUCUGUUUUGAAUCAUUAUCAUGUGUUGCUUUGUUUUUCAAUAUAAAAAGAAAGGUGUUCAAAUACACUAUUGCAUAUUUGCCAACAUACAGGUACUUCAGUGUAUUUUUAAGUGGUAUGGUAAUCAUUUCGUCAUAAUGUAUGUGUGUGCAGUGGGUGUUACCAUUUAUGGUGCCAUUUACGUAGUGGAGUAUACCAAAUGCAUUAGAUACAUUUUUAGAAUGUUCUGUUCCUUGUGUGCAGCCCAUACUACUAUACCAUCUUAUCAUAUUGAAAUAGGAUUUUAUUUGGCAACUUGGGGCUACAUGUUCUAAGUUGUUAGUUAUAAUGUAUGUACUCAAUGUGGUAAUUGAGACCUAAUGUCGAAGCAACAUUAAAACUUAAUCUCCCAUGC